AUGGAACCACCUAGAGGUAACCAACGAAAUCAGCACCAAGGUUAUCGUCAACCACCACCACCACCGAACCAACCACCACUGAAUCAAGUUUAUUUUCAAGCACCACCGAACCAACCACCAGCACCACCACAGAAUCUAGUCUACCGUCAAAACCAUACACAACCACCACCACAGAAUCAAUAUUCCCAACAACCACAGGUGCAAUUCUAUACACCACAACCCGUUAGCCCACUUUACGGUUACAACAUGGGUGCUCCACCUCCCGUCGAACCUCAACACAUUGAACUCGCGCAAAGGGAAAACUUUUUUGCAUUUGAAGAUCUCGGGAACGACGACGUUAUACCUGAAACACAACCGGUUGAAGAACAGGAAGAAGUUGAAGAGGUCGAUUGUCGUGGGAAGAAAAAGGUGUUUGCCGGGAGGAAGCCGCGUGAACAUUGGACGGAAGAGCAAGAAGUCGCCUUGGCUCAAGCAUGGAUUCAAGUAUCAGAGUGUAAGAAGUAUGGCAACGAACAAAAGGCCGAAGGGUUUUGGAAACGAGUUCUUCAACACUAUACGAGCACCUUGGGUUCGACUACGCGAACCUUUCAUAGUUUGACUACAAAGUGGAAGACGAUGAAUAUGGAGAUGGGUGUUUUCAACGGGUUAUGGAUUCAAGCGUUUCGUGGAAAGGGGAGUGGAUGCAAUGACUUGGAUGUUACGACGACCUCUUUGUCCGAUUACCACUCCAAAUUGGACAAGCAUUUUACGCAUAUAUCGGCGUGGAAUGUGGUAAAAACUCAUGAUAAAUGGAAGCAACAAGAUUGUUUUGCUGAUAUUGUAGGAAUGGGAAUCGGUUCGUCUAGUGGAUCCUCAAAAAGAAAGUCGGUGGAUUAUGAAUCGGCAAGCAACGACACUGUCCUUCCCGACAUGAAUGAAGACCCAUCCCCGCCUUUGGAACCAAGAAAGAUGAAGAAGAAGUAA